AUGGCUCACCACCACCGUGCUGCUCACAGGCAUCUGCCUCGCAAUCCCGAUUUCUGGAACGAUGUUGGAAACAGUUUCAAGAACUUGAACCCUUUUGGUUCCGAUGAUGACGACAGUGCAACUACUACCAAGAAUGGAGGUAAUGACAGAAUCAAGCGUCAAGAUGACGACGAUGACACGACUACUACGCGCCGGGCUAACAGGCAAGGUCGUUCAACUGUUGUUCGUACCAUCUACCAGACCGUCACCGACGGCGCCGUCGCUGCCUCAAGUACCUCCUCCACGAAGCUCAUCGUCGCGCCUUCUGCCCUUCCCACCCGCUCCAAGUCUACUACCACCACAGCCGACUCGGGCACUACCAUCCAAAGAGCCGGCGGCGCCAUCCUCGUGACCCCCGAUGCCUCGUCCUCUACUGCCACAAGCGACUCUGCCACGAGCACUCUCCCCUCCGCCAUCGAGGAAUCCGUCACCGAGAGCAUCCCCUCGACUCUAGCCAUUGCGACUGACGCGCCCACUCUUGCCCGCUCGACCAGAUCCGCGGCCACCGCCAACGAAAUCACUGCCGUGUCCAGUGCUUCUGCAACUUCCACCGCCAUCAGCGACAAGUCUGCCAGUGAGCCUAGUGGUGCUGCAAAGGCUGGUAUUGCCAUUGGUGUUUUGGCUGGUGUUCUGGUCGUCUUCCUCCUCGUCUUCUUCCUCUUCAACCGUCGCAAGAAGCAGUUGGAGCAGCAACGUCUGGCUGAUGAGGAUGAAAAGACUGGUGCCUUUGGAACUGCCGCCGCUGUCACCAGCGGCAACAACACCCGCGCUCCCCGUGUCAGCCUCCGACCCGUCACUCAAUUCCUGCCCAACUUGAACCCCGCCGACAAGCGUCAGAGCAAUGUCAACGGAAAUAUGGCUCCCGCCGCUGCCGCUGGUGCUCUUGGCGCCCGCGCUCCUGGCCAGAGUGCUUGGGAUAGACCCGCCAAUGGCCAGAACGCAAACCCCGUCAACCCCUUCGGAUCUGGAGCUGAGAGAAUUAACGGCACCAUCAAGGAGGAGUCCGUAAGCAACAUGAGCCUCAACGAGAAGCCCCUGCCUUCAGUCGCCGCCGAUGUCCCUAUCGGUACUGCUGUCAGCGAGCCUCCUUCCCCCACCACCAGUUCUAUCAACGGAGCCACGAUGGCUGCUGGUGCCGCCGGUGCCGUCGCUGUUGCUGGUGGCGCAGUUGCAGCUGGAGCCCUCACUCGCAAGGCUUCCACCCGCAAGGAUGGUCCCAAGGCCCUUGAUCUUACCAUCCCCGCCCCCGCGCCCCUGUCUACCGUCCCCGCCAGCCCUUCUGGUACCGAGUUCAGCGCCAACUCCGCUGGCCCUGGUCACCAGUCCAGCGGCUCCACUGGAUCUGCUGCUAUCGCCGCCGCUGGUGGACCUGCCAACACGACUGUUCACCGCAUCCAACUUGAUUUCAAGCCUACUCUCGAGGAUGAGAUGGAAUUGAGAGCUGGCGGCCUCGUGCGUCUCUUGCACGAGUAUGAUGAUGGAUGGGCGCUCUGCAUCCGCUUGGAUAGAUCCCAACAGGGUGUUGUACCGCGCACCUGCUUGUCUACUCGUCCGGUCAAGCCUAGGCCUCAAGGACCUCCCCGUGGCCCUGGUCCCAAUGGCCCUCCUCGCGGUCCCGGCCCCAACGGUCACCCUCGAGGACCCGGUCCUAACGGUCCUCCUCGCGGCCCUGGUCCCAACUACCCUCCCGGUCAGCGCCCAAUGACGCCCCAGGGUGGUCCCCACGGCGGACCCCCUUACCCCCGUCCCCAAUCGCCUGCCCGCCCCAGAACUGCCGGUGGUCGUCCCCAGUCUCCGGCCGGUAACGGCCCAAUGGGACCUGGCGGUCGCCCUCAGUCGCCCGGUCCCCGAUUCCAAGGACCUCCUGGACAAAGACCUCAGAGCCCGGGAGGACACGCCCGCAAGCAAAGCCCUCCGGGACCUAGCAAGAUUCCCCAGCCCAGCCGAAUGGGUCCUCCAGGCCCUCCCGGCCCUCCCAUGGGUCCUGUCGGCCGCAAGCCCGUCCCUGGCCAAGCCCCUCCCCCUGGCCAAGCCGCCUAA